AUCGAAGGAAUGAAUCGUUAUCAAGUCUCUCGCCUCCUUGCUCCUGCUCCUCACCUCCUGCUCUCUGUAUUCCUCUCCUUGCUUGCUGAUUUCUCAUCCCAGAUUCUCCUUGUAUCCUCAAUUUAUAUCUAGAUAUUGGUGCUGAUCCGUCUCUCCGUCCCAUCUCUGAUCUUGGGUCGUGACAAUUUGGUAUUCAGAGCCAAGAAAAAAAUCACCACCUACUUCCUGCCUACAAGGUGUUCAACCAAAUGUCCAGCCACGAAGAGUUGUUCACCGGCGGCGUUCUUCACGUCACUGUGCAUCAUGUGUACUACCCGGUCACUGAGGAGACGCUGCAACAGGUGUUUACAUUGUAUGGUGUGGUGAAGAUCUCCGUGUUCCAGAGAAUCAACCAUGUGGAGGCAGUGGUUCAGCUUCGAUCAAGAUGCGGAGCAGCGCGGGCUCUUGCCAUGCAUGGUCGGUGCAUCUAUGAGCGUGCCUGCCUCCUCGACAUCCAGGAUGUGUCACCGGAGUACAACCUGCACUUGUGCUCGCUGCUCGAGCAGAAGCAGACUGCAACCGUGGCCGAGUACACGACGGCGUUCUGGGAAUGCGUACAUCGUGUGCUGGAUCUCAACCCCAACCUGAGCAUCAAGAGUUUCGUCCACCAAUACAUUGAGGGUUUGCAGGAAGAUAUCAAGGAUGUCGUGCGGUCGCAAUCUCCAUUAAGCGUCACCGGGGCUUCGUCCCUUGCCCGGAUAAGGGAGGAUGAAAUCGUGCAGGAGGCGGCAAUGGCUGCGGAGAAACUUGAUGACGGCCAUGGAGUUCACGUCCUCAUGCCUGCGGUGAUCCUCACGGACGUCUUCCUUGAGCCCACUACCCCAGUGGAGUGCAGUGCAGAUGACAACAUCAUCACCAUUGACAGCAGCAACCAUGCUGCACCGACGCCUAUCACAUGUUUGACAGAGUGCCCAAGUCCCGCCGCCGUUGACAUCUCCCCUGAGCCGGCAGCUUCUGCUCUAUGCGGAGAGACCAUCGACAUCGAAGCCAUCAGUGUUGCUGCACCAACAUUCGAUGUGUGCUCUAUUGUUGGUCCGACCAAUGCUGAAGUCAACAGUUAUGUGCCGGUGCCCCUCAUUGUGUGCAGUGUCAAACCAUUCUCCGCAGCUCCUCUCAAGGUCGUGCCAACCAUAGCGCAUUGGUCAUGUUCCACCCCCAAACUGGACACCAUGGCGUCAACAAGGUGUUGGACCCUCUGCUUCGACCACAUUGGUGCGUUGACGCCCACGUACAUGCUGGAUAAUAAUGUGAACAUAAAGCAACAAGCACAAAUGUUACUACCAAUGCCAUGGCCAUCAUUUAAAUGCCAUUCAGAAGCAAGCAGUCCUCAAGAUCCACGUCCAGCAACUCAAGGUAUAUUUGGGAAACUAUCUACAUGUCAGCCACACGAGGAUCUCAAAUGUUGGGCUGCCAGUUUGUAUUGCAUUGGAAUAGCUCAUUUGAUGGACACUAUUUACAACUACUUGCUGCACUGAGAAGUUCCCGGUGUGAGUUAUAUUGUAUUGGGGGGCCCUGUGGUUAUUGGCAAUAUGCAUAUCCACAGCAGUGGCGUUCAUCUCAGCGAGAAAGUUAUACGAAUUUUGGGAGGGCUGGCGAUGCUACAUUGAACACAAAACAAAAAUCACAAAUUUUAUUAAGUGGCAUUCUUGUGGAAUUUGUGAGUAGGCGAACCCCCGGAGUCGGCUAUUUCUGCCAAACAUCUGACCAGAAGAACAAAAGGCUUAAUUACAUUCUUGAAGCGGGUGAACAAGUUAUGAGAUGUGGUCUGCAAAAAGUAGCGUUCUUGCCUUCCUGAGUGUAUGGUUGUACCCAAUAUCUGCAGAAACAGUGUUCAGUUUCAUGUUACAGCUUCAAGCCCUCCUGCCGAUAAAAAAGUUUUCGGAUCAUGGAACUCUGAGUGCAGCUACAGCUACUAAAAAGCAGUUCGGAAUCAACAACAAUUCCUUGAUACAAUCUGAUGUUACAGGUACAACACGAUCAAGAGACACACGUCUUAUUUGCACUCCAUGGAGUUCUUGGGUACUCUGUCUCAUGUUAGUUGAUCGAGCGGAAACGGAAGAAAGGGUACAUGUCUUUGAUCCCAAGUCUGGUUUACUCUGUUGCUCUUCUCUCGCUCUUUGUACUAGUGAAUGCCAGACCAACUUGAUUCCAGGAGAGAUAGUCGCUGGCAUUUGGUCUUCUCACAAUUAUGAGUACAAGGGUGCAGCAUUUUCUGGACACUUACACUUCACACGCAAGUUUUCUCGAGAGGUCCAGCUGGCCACUUGCCCUUUCAGUUCCUUAUAUUUCUCCAGACUUACAGAAUUGAGAUAUAUUUCCCUGGGAUCCAUUGCUCACUGUUUCUAUGGUGGUUCCCAUCUGAUACAAGAUCACUUCAUGAAUGGACACCUCGUAUCACAAUGUAUAAGCAGGUGCAGAUGUUCAUAGAUUGGCUCGAUUAUGUGAUGAAUCAUCAAUCUCAAGGCAGCAUAAGAACUGCAGUCAUGUUGUUGCAACAUCUCCAGCCUACUAACCAGCUGCUCAGUUCUUUCUGGUCAUGGGCACAACCAAAAGGAAAGGUAGACCACUACACAAGUUAUGUGCGUGAGUGUUCUUGCUAUCUUUUAUGUAUCAUUUGCUCUGGGUAUCUGGUCAGUGGAGGGCCCAAAUAUUGCACUUGCCUGCUUGCUCUCAAGGACACUGGUUGGUUCAGAUGUAUCAUGUGUGUCCACAAGAUGUCCUACUCUGCAGUUGCAACUCCUUUUGGCAGUGAAGUCAAGUCUUGUUCCUCUGAUCUGACCAUUUGCAAGCGCAUGAUACUACCCUAUGAUCCAGGAGGGUUGGCUCUUCAGCCAGAUGAGAUAGGAGGCACUCAUGGGUCCAGCUUGAUCAUCAUCGGCUUGAGGGCAAGCCGAAUUUCAAGGGGUGGAGAGUGUAACACCCCCAGUAUGGGCUGUCACGUUAUGUAUGUAACAUGGGCCUCGGCUACGAGAUGGGCUGGUCAUCGGAGGCUUCACACAAGCUACAUAUGCAACCCGGCGAGCACAUGAGGAGGGCAUCGAAGGAAUGAAUCGUUAUCAAGUCUCUCGCCUCCUUGCUCCUGCUCCUCACCUCCUGCUCUCUGUAUUCCUCUCCUUGCUUGCUGAUUUCUCAUCCCAGAUUCUCCUUGUAUCCUCAAUUUAUAUCUAGAUAUUGGUGCUGAUCCGUCUCUCCGUCCCAUCUCUGAUCUUGGGUCGUGACAGGUGGCGAGGGGAUCUUACUAGGUGGGUUUAUUUUCUUUUUCCUCUUCUCUGUUUUUAUUUGCCCUUUUGUGGUACCUGGACCCGGGUGUGUGUGCGCUUCCCGUGCUCCAUCCUAGCAUUGACCGUCGGCUAAAGAGUGUGACUUUUGCCUCGUGGUCAGAGCAUCUGCAACCAGAUUUG